CUUACAAGGACCCCUGCAAAACUACCCCACGCCGGAAACUGCCCCUCCAUAGCUCGAAAACGGUGACUCGCUUCUAUCACAAGUUGAGUCACCAAUUCGAGAGCUGCUUCAGCGACAUAUGCGAACGGUAUUCGAACGUUAGACCAGAGUAUUCUACAUUUUACUUGACCUGAUUCAGUCACGUUUCGACCGAUUGGCCUUCCACAAUCACCACAAUGGCCGAACCCGAAGCGCCCACUGAGGCCGUACCAGCUUAUGCGCAAGAUGCUACAGCUUCUGCCGCAACCGCGCAAAAGGUUGAUCCAUGGAACGUAUCCGGUGGAACAGGUGAAGAUGGAAAGCCGAAGGCAAUCGACUACACCAAGCUUGUCGACGAGUUCGGAACCAAGUUGAUCAACCAAGAGAUGCUCGAUAGAUUCGAACGGGUGACAGGCCACAAACCGCACCGAUUCAUGCGCAGACAGAUCGUAUUCAGUGAACGAGAUUUGGGGUUGAUACUAGAUCGAUACGAGAAGGGGCAACCCUUUUUCUUGUAUACCGGUCGAGGGCCCAGUAGCGACAGCAUGCACGUUGGACAUACGCAAAUCUUUGAUUUUUGCAAGUGGUUGCAAGAUGUCUUUGAUGUACCUCUCGUGAUCAUGCUUACAGAUGACGAGAAGUUCUUGUUCUCGGAGAAAAGGACUGUUGAGGAGGUCAUGGGCUAUACACGUACCAACGCAAUGGACAUCAUUUCCAUCGGAUUCGAUCCUGCGAAGACCUUCAUAUUCUCCGACUACGACUUCAUGGGUGGAGCAUUCUACAGGAACAUCACUAGAUUUUCCAAGCGUGUGACAUACAACACUGCCAAAUCCGUGUUUGGGUUUGAUGACAGCUCCAACAUUGGCAAGAUCCACUUCACUAGCAUCCAGGGCGCAUCGGCGUUCGCAUCGUCAUUCCCGCACAUAUUUGGCGAGGAUGAGGCCAAAACGUCUGUUAUCCCCUGUCUGAUUCCCUGCGCGAUUGACCAGGACCCCUAUUUCCGUCUCACGCGAGACGUUGCAGCAGGCUUGCACUACGCAAAGCCCUCACUCAUCCAUGCUCGCUUCUUGGACGCCUUGCAAGGUCCAGGAUCCAAGAUGUCAGCCAGCAUCGACAGCUCUGCUAUUUUCAUGAAGGAUACCCCAAAUCAAAUCAAGACGAAAAUCAACAAGUAUGCGUUCUCUGGCGGACAAGUAUCGGUCGAAGAGCAAAGGAGACUCGGCGGAGAUCCAGAUGUCGACGUUUCGUAUCAAUACCUCAACUUUUUCAUGGAAGAUGAUGCCGAAUUGAAGGAGAUUGGAGAGAAGUACCGAAAAGGAGAGCUUCUCACGGGCGAGCUCAAAGCUAUAUGCAUCAAAUACAUGCAGGAGUACGUCGCGGCGUUCCAGGAGCGGAGGUCAAAGGUCACGGAAGAGACGGUUGACCACCUCAUGGCGAAACGGCCACUGGAGUGGAAAGGCAACCCCAGGGUGGAGAAGGUACUUCCUGUGGUUGGGAACUCGUCGAAAUCUGAAGGCGCAGUGGGCGAAGGUGGAGAUGGGAAGCUAACCAAGAACCAGCUAAAAAAGCUGGAGAAGGAGAAGAUGAUUGCAGCAAAGAAGGCGGCAAAGGCUGCUGAAAAGGAGGUGCCCAAGUAAGCUCGCGAUUUGCUUAAACUGGGCAACAUGGCGCUGGUCGGACGACAGCUCAAAUAAUAAAAUGGGGAGAGCCAGAGUUACACUCAUUGGGUUGCGAAUUAUCCUAGAUAUCGUAGAACUCCACCGUUUCCUUGAAGGGAUACCAUAUCCUUACAGAAAAUGAUAUGCGUCUGUCAUUUAUAGAGCGGCCCCGUGAAGGCUGCGUCACAUCAGCGAGGACCUGGACAUGCCAUGGGGAAGACAUCGAAAUUCCACUAUGACACCACCCCAGGGAUUCUGGACUCCAUUAUACCUGCCUAUUUCACUGUUUUGGUUAUGCUGUCCACCAGGGUCCUGGCACGGCACGCGAUGAGCUCAGAAGAGGUUUAGGGGCCUGGUAUUGGACUGAGAGCAAACAAACAGCAUCUCUAUUCCAGGUUUAUAAUACAAAAUUCCGUUGCAAAAGCC